AUGGAAGCUUCUGCUAAUAAUAAUUUCAAGGGGUACAGGUUCGUGAAUGUAGCAAGUUCACCCUCAUUCUUCUGCAACAACUUGACUACUAAUGACGGUGAACUAUAUGCCUUCGUAAAUAAUAUGGAUUAACAGCCACGAGCACUUCUCUAUAACAAAGACCUAGUUGAGAAGGGUGAAAUAUCUUCUCCUCAAGUCUUACAAUGGAAAGAUCAAAGUGAAUGCUUUGGUCUUAAUUAUGCUAAAGCAUAGGAUAAAUGGCAUCUUUGCGUAUCCACAACAAAAGGAUGCUAGGUCUGGAAUUAUAAUGGUACAAGGCAGCUAGCAUUUGUAGAAAGCAAAAACAAUAUAUUUUUAAGUGCAUCAACAGCAGUUGAUAAGAUUGAUGGAAAAGAAUUCAUUGCAAUUGGAACUUGCAAUGGAGAAAUUCAUUAAGUCCUUAUUAAUGGAACUACUUAUACUAAAGAGUUAGGGUUUAAGUUGGUGGAUGAAAGUGCUGUUACAUCAAUGAGCUGUGAUUUAAGAAGCAGAACACUUGCAGUUGGAAAUAGUAAUGGCUAUGUCAUUAUAUUCUAAUGCGAUACUUAAUCUGAGUGGAAGCCACUUCAUUCAAUUUAACCUUAAACUGAAAUCCCUGUUCACUCAAUCAGUACCUUGAAUAGAGGAGACAAUGUAUUUGUCGUAGGAUAUGCAAAUGGAUCAGUCAGGCUUAUUUCACCCUCUGGUCAAUUGCUUUGCAAUUUAUCAGCUCACUCUAGAAGUCUUAAUGCCUUAACUUGUCAUCCAACUAAGUCUGUUUUCGCUACUUGUUCAGAUGAUACUUUUACUCAUAUAUUUGAAGUAGUUGGUGACAAACUGGACAAAUUAAAUGUAAAUCUUAUCCUUAGUUCUAGAGUAAAUGAUCAUCUACUCACAGGUGUAGCUUUCGGUGGAGAGGGCAAUAACAGUUUAGUUGUAGCUCCUUAUGAUUACAAAACUAUUGUUGUCUUAAACAACGUAGUGUGA